AUGGACGACCGAAUAUCCCAACUGCCAAUACCUAUACUUCACAAAAUUCUCUGUUUCCUCCCCCAAAAAGAAGCCGUCAGAACUUGUCUACUCUCCAAACAAUGGCACCAUAUAGCUUCAACGCGCCCCAACCUCGAAUUUUCCGAAAAAUGGUUCAAAAUCAAUCACACACAAGAAAAGUUUGUCCCCGUCGUUGACCGAACUCUACAACGUUGCCGUGAACCAAACCGCUCCAAAUUGCACCGCAUUAUCUCUCUCCUCCUAUGCAGACAAUGGCGGCGCAACAAUGGAUCAAUUCGCCCCAACCUCGACUCUUCCCAAAAUUUAUUAAACACUACACAACAAAACUGUGUCUCCGUCAACUCCUCCAUAGGAUCAACUAGCCCCAACCUCGACUCUUCCGAACAAUUGUUCAACACUACACAACAAAGCUUUGUCUCUGUAACCGAACGAACCCUUCAAGGAUAUCAUGAUCAAAACAUCUCCAUACAGAAAUUCCAUCUCGACUUAUUCUGGCCCCUCUCACCACCAGUCAUCUCCCUUCUCGACAAAUGGAUCCCGAUAAUAGCCGCCCUCAACAUAAAAGCUUUCAAACUCAACUUUCAUUCAUAUACUCCUCCAUAUUACGACUUGCCCUCGGCAGUGCUCUUAGCCGAGUCCCUCGAAGAACUACACCUGAGCAAAUGCAGGCUGAGCCCGGUCGAGAGCGUAAAGUUUAAAAGCUUGCGCACACUCACACUCGAACAGGUCCAAGUUGAUGACGUCACCUUGGAGAAUAUAUUGUCAGGCUGCCCUUUGCUCGGGCGCCUGGUCCUUGAUAGUUGUGAGGGGUUGAGAAACAUUAGAAUUGAAGGGCUCGAGCACUUUGAAUUGACUGAUCACGAGUGGAUUAGAGGGCGUAGCAUCGAAAUCGAUGCCCCGAAUCUCGAGACGGUCUCCAUCACGGGCCUAUGGAUUUGGUCUCACCGCCAAAGCACAUUCUUGUUCUCCCGUCUCACGAGUUUGGAUCUCUAUUAUGUGAAACUGUCGAGUGAGUCGUUCGACCUGUUAUCGUUUGGUUGCCCAACUCUUGAGAGCUUGAACCUACAUGAAUGCUUCGGUUUCAAGGAAAUCUAUCUUGCAAAUGAUUCGGUCAAGAACUUGUGCAUCUGGACAGGCAGAAUAUUGCUUAAAGGAGUUACGAUUUGUGCCCCCAAAAUUGUCGAUUUUGAAUUCACUGCCCCUAUUUCCAAGGUGCCGGACACAUUCUCUGUUGCGGCAACUACUUCCAAGGAGUGGCACUCAUAUGUAGUCCUCUCUUCGCGCGAGGAUGAUCACGAUUUCGACGCCAAUUCAUGGUUCCUUAGGCUGAGACGAAUGCUCAAGGCACUAAGUGGGUCUCGAAUUUCUCUGAUUCUGGAGAUGCCGUGCAGUGUUGUCGACUGCAGUCAUAUUCUCAGUGACCAUCCGCCUGUGGUGGUGGAGAAAUUGACAUUUAACACUUGUAUAAGUCGCACGGCAUCUUGGUACAAGGACUUUACGAAUGGCUUGUUUCGUGUUUGUCGACCGAGGCAUAUAUGGGGUUGUACGAACAGGCUCUCGGAGUUUCAAUUUAACAUCUUGCUUGCAAACGAGAGCCUCGGGACAGAGCCCUACUUUUGGGGGCACGAACUGGAACAAGUGCACAUGAAAACAGGUAAUGGGAAAAUAUGGCAGCUCGUGGAGUGGACGGACCUUUCGGAAUUGAGAAACAGGACGUAUACGUACGACGAUAUAAUGUGCCUUGAGUUGAAAUGGAGAGGUCAGAAGGCGGCAUAA